ACACAAUAUUCUGGAGCUCAAGCGCUUGUCUUCGGCACUCGUUGAUUGUGCACAAAUGUGAUCUGGACACAUGCUGCUGGAGAUCCAGUCACAGAUUGAUGAAUCCAGCUUAUUAUAAACACGACCAUGGAUGAAUUCGCUCCAUUAGAUUGCCUUUUGCCUUCAGGAAAACAGAGGAUUUGCUUGGUUAUCCUAAAUCAGUCGGUGGAUGAGCGGUACUUCCAUGUGCUGUGGAGUAAAGCCAAGAUCCGGGCAUGUGCUGACGGAGGUGCCAAUCAUCUGUACCGGCUCACAGAGGGUCGCCGUGAGAGUUUUCUCCCAGACUACAUAAAUGGAGACUUUGAUUCGAUCCUGCCAGAGGUCAAGGCAUUUUACACAGAAAAGAACUGCAAGAUAAUGGAAACGCCGGACCAAGAUCUGACAGACUUCACUAAGUGCUUGGCCAUUAUGGUGGAGGAGAUCAAAGCACAGAAAUUGCAGAUAGACACCAUCGUAACCCUGGGUGGUCUUGGAGGCCGCUUCGACCAGAUCAUGGCCACAGUAGAGACCUUGUUUCAUGCCCAGAAUAUGACGGAUUUGCCUGUGGUGGUUAUACAAGACUGUUCUCUGGCCUUCCUUCUCCAAGAGGGCAAGCAGCACCGGCUGAACGUGAACACCGGCUUGGAGGGGAAAUGGUGUAGUCUGGUUCCUGUGGGCUGCCCUUGUCUUACCACCACUUCUGGGCUUAAAUGGAACUUGGAUAAUCAGAUAUUGGCUUUUGGAAAGCUUGUAAGCACAUCCAACACUUACGAGGAUCACGACCCCAAAGGAGGCAGAAAACCUGUGACGGUCACCACAGACAAGCCACUGUUAUGGAGCAUGGGAAUUAAACGACUGUGAACAAAGCAGUGGAGCACCAAGCCUUUAAAAAAGUGCCUUUUUUCAGCACCAACAACCUUUUAUUAAUGACGACAAUGAGUAGUGUAACCUUUGAUUUAUUAACACAGCCAAAUAUAAAUGUUAACACAAACAAAAAACAAGAUUUAUACAAAUGUUUGCAUUCAGUCCAUCAUCCAACAUGGUUUCAGGCAGCCAAAGGUCUUUUUGGCUUCAUAAUGCAGCUGGUUCAACCACCA